ACUCCCAGUGACAGACACUUUACUGAAACCUCUGCUGGAAGGGUUAACCCUCAAGGAAGCGAUCGAGCAGAAGAGGCUGUUUAUGUGUGACCUAGAGAUUCUGGAGGGACUUCCAGUUCGUGACCAAUUUGUUCUCUGCAAGCCAAUCGGGCUCUUCUUCCUAGACAACAUGAAACAGCUGCGACCAAUUGCUAUUCAGCUUUUCCAGAAACCUGGCCCAGAGAAUCCAAUAUUCACACCUCUCAGCCCGUCCUUGACCUGGGCCCUGGUGAAGAUGUGGUACAACAAUGCAGAUGCUGCCUACCACCAAGCUCUGACACAUCUGGGACUGACUCAUUUACUCAUGGAAGGGGUGACAGUUGCCACACACCGGAAUCUCUCUCAGUCACAUCCCAUAUUCAAGCUACUGGCCCCACACUUUCUCUAUCUCAUCGCCAUCAAUUCACGUGGUCUAGAGCUACUGGUCUCUGACAAUGGCUGGGUGGACAAAACUAUGAACUUUGGCAAUAAGGGACUCUUUGCUCUGAUUACUAAAGGUUUCAACACAUGGAGAAUGGAUGUAGAGGGGACAUUGCCUGAAGAUCUCAAGAAAAGAGGGCUGAGUGACACGAAUAUCCUGCCGUGUUACCACUUCAGAAAUGAUGCACUGCUUUUGUAUGAAGCUAUUAAAAAAUAUGUGGAUUCAUAUGUGAAUUUAUACUAUCGUACUACAGACUUGCUUUUAGCAGACUAUGAAAUACAAAACUGGGCUAAGGAACUUGUGAAGCCACGAAACAAAUCAGAAGGAGGCGUUGGGAUAUUGGGAGUUCCAGGAAAUGGAGAAAUCACCAGCAAUGAUCAGCUGGCACAGAUUGUCACCUGCAUCAUAUACACAUGCAGCAUUUCACACGCCUCCACCAACUUCCCACAGUAUGAAGAGUAUGCAUUUCCCCCUAACUACCCAGGUCUGAUGCGUGGAAAACCACCAACUGAUCCUAAUGCUACCGCCACAGAGCGAGAGAUUCUGGACUGCCUGCCAGACAGACCAACAACUUUAGACAUUAUGAUUGUGACCAAAAUUCUCAGUGCUAAGGGAACUAAAAGCAUCGGGGACUUUGAAGUUCAGUAUAUCUUUGACCCACAGGCCAGAGAGAUAGUUGAUGAGUUUCGCAGUGACCUUAACAAAAUCAGUAAAACGAUCAAAGAAAGAAACAUUCACAGAAACCCACCAUACGAAUAUCUAGACCCGGAGAUCAUCCCAAACAGCAUCAGUAUUUGA